GGUUUCUUCCUUCUGCGCAUGCGCACAACGCCCGCUGUGAAGCCCAGUAGAGCCAAGAUGGCGGCGGUGGUGGAGAGUGUUGUCAAGCUGCUGGGUGAGCAGUAUUACAGGGAUGCUCUGGAGCAGUGUCACAACUAUAAUGCCCGUCUGUGUGCAGAGAGGAGCGUGAGGAUGCCCUUCCUCGACUCUCAGACUGGUGUCGCCCAGAGCAACUGCUACUUCUGGAUGGAGAAACGACACAGAGGACCAGGUGUUGCUCCAGGUCAGCUGUACACAUAUCCUGCACGGCGCUGGAGAAAGAAGAGGAGAGCCCACCCUCCAGAUGACCCUCGUCUGUCCUUCCCAUCUCUAAAGACCGAGCUGGAUCUGGGGAUUAAGAAGGACGUUUUCUCCAGUGAUGGCAGCAGCUUAGAGGCUCUUUUGAAAGGAGAGCCGUUGGAUAAAAGAUCCGGAUUGGAGCUUCGCACGGCAGAGGAGGAGCCCAGCUCUACUGAGUUCUCCACCGGGGGACUGAACUCCAGCGGCAGAGUCCGGAAGAGAAUUUUGGAACCAGAUGAUUUUCUUGAUGAUCUGGACGAUGAAGAUUAUGAGGAAGAUACUCCAAAGAAGCGUGGAAAAGGCAAAGGAAAGGGACGUGGUGUCAGCAGUGCUCGCAAGAAGUUGGAAGCAGCAGCUGCUUUGGAAGAUCGGGACAGACCGUACGCUUGUGACAACACUUUCAAACAAAAGCAUAUUUCAAAAUCUUCUGAAAGAGUCUGUGGAAAGCGCUAUAAGAACAGGCCUGGUCUCAGUUAUCAUUAUGCCCACUCUCACUUGGCCGAAGAGGAAGGAGAAGAGAAAGACGAGAUGGACAUUCGGGAACCAACUCCACCCCGGCAGGACGAACCCAAGACUCCUAAAAAGGGCCCAGAUGGUUUGGCUCUUCCGAACAACUACUGUGAUUUCUGUUUGGGAGAUUCCAGCCUGAACCAGAAAACUGGCCAAUCAGAGGAGCUUGUGUCCUGUUCAGACUGUGGCCGUUCUGGUCACCCUUCAUGUCUUCAGUUCACUCCUAUCAUGAUGGCUGCUGUGAAAACCUAUCGCUGGCAGUGCAUUGAGUGCAAGUGCUGUAAUAUUUGUGGAACAUCAGAAAAUGAUGAUCAGCUGUUGUUCUGUGAUGACUGUGAUCGAGGUUACCACAUGUACUGCCUCUCGCCCCCGAUGUCUGUACCUCCUGAAGGAAGUUGGAGUUGUCAUCUGUGUUUGGCCCUCCUGAAAGAGAAAGCCUCCAUAUACCAGAAGCAGAAUGCGCCACCCUUGUGAUGGUCCUUUCAGGAAGACAGACCCUCUUUCUCAUAGUUCCUUCCAAGAUUUGUUUGGUUUAAGCAAACAAAAUGGGUCGAACUGAAGUUGUAGUGGAAGAGAAUAGGGACAAGGACCUCGCAGACACAAAUCGAGGCAGAGAAAGAGAGAGGAAGUGAGAAAAAUGAUGCCGCCCUUCUCUUAUUGCUCUCUCUCACAUCUCAGCAGGUUUGAUCUCAGUAUGACUGUUACACAGUUCCAAGUUUCAAACUUCCCUUGCUCUUUGUUUUCAACUAUUAUCCCUGACAAAUAACGCAAUUCUUCCAAACUUCAAAAACUAUCAGAAACUCUCCUGAGCCUUUCAGCAGUACUUACUUGGAGGACGUCGCUAUGAGAAUAUUUUGACUCUGUUUUUGAGUUCCUGCUCAUAUUAGACCUGAUAUUUCCACUCGUUUAUACAGACACUGUUUAACAAAGCAAAAAACUAACAAAAACAAAAAUAAACGCAGCUUAUAACCGCCAAAAUGAAUAAUGCAUACUCAGCCAUAUCCAAAAUACUCUGUACUGACACUGUGCUUAUCACAAAGAGGAAUAGUUGAAACCAAUCAGCAUGCCAAUGCUUGUUCAUAAUAAGCAAAAUAGAAAAAGAAAGAUGUGUUUUUGUAUAUUUAUAUAUUUGUAUAGCAUAUAAAGGUGUGUUGUAUUUAAGAUCUUAAACAAUAGAAAUGGUUCAUUAUUAUAAAAGGAGUUGCUUGGGGAGUUUUUUGUUUUCCCUAAUGAUUGCAUCUGCUUAUGCCACUGAAGCACAGAGUCUAGCAGUCAGUGUGUGAGCUCUUUACUAACCAACGGGUUUGUGGUGCAGGUAAGGGUAGUGGUUUAAAAUUAUAUUUUUAUAUUGUUUUUAAUUUUUGCAAUUUUAGGGAACCCUUAAUGUGUUCAGAAUUUGUUUAUUAUUAUGGAAAAGGUGGUUAUUUAAGAUAUCAGGGAAUGCAAUGAGGAAGAGAACACUGAAAUAGAAAAUCAUCACCCAGAAACUGUAAUACAUUUUAAAAGUUAUGAUAAUGUAUCACAGACCAAACUGAGAUCUGUUUGAUAGAUGCUACCAAGUGUGUUGAAUCCCUUUCUAAAAGAUUAGAAAGAGUUAUAUAGUGUAAGGAAACACAGACAGAAAAACUUCCAAUGCCAUAAUUACUAUGUUUACUCAGAUUAUGUUUCAUUGAAUGUAUUCAAAACAUAUAUUGCAUAAAUGUUUUACUCAUGCACAAUAAUUGAUCUGAUUCAAAUUAUAUUUGAAGUUUGCGUUAGAUAGUAAACACAAAUACUUCUGGCACUCUGAAACCGAAAGCUCUUCCACUGGAUGUCUGCUCUCUUAACAUAUUUAUAGAAACAUCCCACAAUUGGCUGAGAGAUGUCCGAAUUUAACAUUGUAUGUGUCUUGAUAAAUUAAAUUCCAGUAAAUUGAUUUCAUUAUGGUGUAACUGAAAGAUUAAUUUCUUUAAGCUGACAUUUGUAUUGGUAUAUAUUUGUAUAUUAAUGUUUUAGCGAAAAAAAAUUUACUCACAAACCUGUAAGGAAAUGUCAUGAGAGCAUUUUGACUUCCAUUGAAGUUCUAAAUAUCUUUGGUUUUCUACUAAAGAAUAAAAGUUACACUUACAGUUGUUAACAUUUGAAGUGAAUCCAAACCUUUCACCAAAAUUGUCCUAAAACAACACCAAUUCAUGUCUUUGGUCAGUUUUGAUCAACUUAUUAAAAUCAACUUCAAAUGUUGACUACUGUAGUUGUUACAAAAGAAGAGUGAGUAAAUAAUGACAGAAUUUGAGUAAACUACCUUUUGAAGGAUUAAGUAAUAGCAGAGGAGAUCUUUGUGAACGAGUUUGUUCAAAUGAGCCAGUGCUAAACUCAGUACUGCGCACAUGAGCAAAAUUUGCCAGAGCUUAGUUUGUCUUCCUAGAGCAAGCCGAGGCAGAUAUACAGCCUGCUUCAAAUGCUCCCCUAUUUCCCUGUCUUCUAUUGCCAUUUACCUUCACAAUCCAGCCAAAACUUCCUUUGUUUAGAGAAUAAAUCUAGAGCAGUGCAUGCAGCUGGCUCUUUCAGCCCUGUUCUUUGUAAAUGUAUACUGAAUGAAGAAAUGAAUUGACCUGCGUUGGGUUCUGUGUACUCUGUAAGUCCUCAGCUUCAAAAUAACCGCAGACCUCCAUAAAGGUUUAGGCUUCUAUCAGAUACUGAUACAUUAAUUAUUGGUCAUGGCAUUUAUAAUAUGUACAGGACCUUAUCAUUGUUUUAUUUUUCAUUCUCAGUUUAGUUACUGCAUGUUUACCUUACAUGGUCAUUUAUACAUAAUACAUAACACAUAACACUCACUCUGUUGUAUUUUCACAGUAACAGCAAAGUAGAGGAUUAUGGGAAACUUAGCGUUAUGGUAUAAGCCAACUAACUAUUAUUAAAAUAAUUAGGAAUUGUAAAGGUUUACUUGAAUUGUUCUAAAUUGACUAGAAAGUGGCCAUUCUUUUUUUUUUUUUUAAGAUUGUUUGUUAGAUUGGUUUUGGGGGUUUAUUCUUGUUUUGGUGUAUGGUACACUUUUUGUCCCCAAGAAAAAUAAAAGUCACAAACCAUG